AUGUUAGCUUUGCCAAAGAAUGGAGCUUUGUGUGUGCUUUGGAUCUCCUGUGUUUUCAUCUCCGCGCUGGUUCAGCAAGGGACCGGAGCCUUUCAGUGUGACAAUGGGGUCUCCUUGCCUCUUGACAAUGUGUGUGACUUUGCAGAUCAGUGUGGUGACAUGAGCGAUGAACAGCAAUGCUCGGAUUAUGAAAGAUGUGAUUUUGAGGAUGGGCUCUGUAGUAUGAUACGAGAUCAGAGUCUGCAACUUGGCUGGACAAGGAGGAAUGGAAUGAUCGGCCAGUCACCUCCAUUUUAUGAUCACAAUGGUGAUAUGUCUGCUCACUUCCUCUCAUUGGUCUCUAACUUGGAUUCUACUUCCUCAAACAUAAGCAGCAGAGUUUUUCUUCCAACGAAUACCCAACAUGCUUGUCAGAUUACAUUUUAUUACUUCUCCAGCCAAAUGAAUGGCAAAUUAAUGGCUGGCUUUCAAACUACCUGUGAUGGCCCUACACAGCAUUUAUGGCAAAACACUGCUGGGCUCCAGAAUCAUUGGGAGAGGAAUGUCAUCAAAAUUCAGAGUCCCCAGAGGUUUCAGAUUGUUUUUCAAGGCCAGAUGAUUUCAGCUCAGGAUGAAGUCAUAGCUAUUGAUGAUAUAUCUUUCAGCUCAGGCUGCUUGCCAGCAGAUGCGUGUCAAGCCUGUGGAUUUGCAUUUGACAUGUGUGACUGGGUAUCAGAAGCAACUGCUGGGCAAACUUCCUGGAUGCGCACAAAAGCAAGAGAAAUUCCUGUGUUAGAGUAUACACCUCAGCAAGAUCAGAGCAGUGAUGAUGAAGGUUACUGUCUAUGGGUAGGGGCUAAGCAAGCUUCUACUCUUAACCAUUUAGACAGCAGGGCUUAUCUGAAUAGCUCUGUGUAUCACUGCCUGGGCAGGAGCUGCCAUCUUCAAUUCUAUUAUGCUAUGGAAAACAGUGUUCUCAGAGUAGGACUGUCUAAUGAUAAGGAAGAAGAAAUAUUUUGGAUAUACAACACAUCAACUCACAGAAAAUGGGUGAAAGUGGAUGUGGUAAUACCAGAAGAACUGAAGACAUUUAAGGUUAUUUUUGAAGGGACUAUUUUGAGCCACAAAGGUUUUAUUGGGCUUGAUGACCUGUGGGUCUACGCCUGUGCCCAGGCCCCGUCCAGACAACUUUGCUCUGCAGAAGAAUUCACCUGUGCCAGCGGCCAGUGCAUUGCUCGAGAAUUGGUCUGUGACUCUUGGCAGGACUGUUCUGAUGAGAGUGAUGAGGACCCGGCAACUUGCUCCAGUCAUCUCAGGUGUGACUUUGAGUCUGGUUUCUGCGGCUGGGAGCCGUUUCUCACAGAAGAUUCACAGUGGGAAUUCGUGAAAGGGUUGCCCAGUGCAGACCCCCAUCUUCCUGAUGCUGAGCACCCAACAAGCACAAAUCAUGGAUCAUUUAUUUAUUUUGGGGCACAUCAACCACCUGCAGUGGCCAAGCUUGGAAGUCCUGUUCUUACAAAAUUAGUCACUGCCUCUACCCCAUGUCAGGUGCGGUUUUGGUAUCAUUUGUCUCAGCAUUCACGUCUCUCACUUUUUACAAGAACAUCUCUGAAUGGGGAUUUGCAGAAGCACAGUGAUCUGAUCGGAAUCUCUGAAUCUCAGUGGCAACAAGCAAAAAUCAAUCUCAUUGCAAAGGCUGGAGAAUCUACUCUCCCUUUUCAGUUAAUUUUGGAAGCUACAGUUUUAUCAUCAAAUGCUACUGUUGCUCUAGAUGACAUCAGUGUAUCCCAGGAAUGUGAAAUUUCAUAUAAGACACUUCCAGGUACUAGUGUGCAAAGCAAAGUUACCAAAUGUGACUUUGAAACAGAUAGCUGUGGUUGGUUUGAAGCAGCCUAUGGUGAUGAUUUUGAGUGGACCUGGAGCUCUAGAAGUAACCUCUCUACUGAAUUUGAAGGUCAGGCUCCACCUUGGGAUCACACUCACAACACAUCUCAAGGGCACUUUAUGUUCAUUCUGAAGAAAAGCAACAGCUUAUCACAAAUUGCUAAACUCCAGAGCCCAACUUUCAGCCAGACAGGACCAGGAUGCACUCUUUCCUUCUGGUUUUAUAACUAUGGCCUAUCAGUGGGAGCAGCUGAGUUACAGCUACACAUGGAAAAUUCCAGCGAGUCCACGGUACUCUGGAGAGUAUUGUAUAACCAGGGUAACCAGUGGUCACAGGCAGUUGUUCAGCUUGGACGUCUUACUCAGCCCUUCCAUUUGUUGCUACAUAAAGUCAGUCUUGGCAUUUAUGUUGGUGUCUCAGCUAUUGAUGAUAUCAGAUUUGAAAACUGUAUUCUUCCACCCCCCUCGAAGAGCUGCAAAGGGCCAGAUCAUUUCUGGUGUCUACACACUAGGGCUUGUGUAAAAAAACUUCAGUUGUGUGAUCUGGUGGAUGAUUGUGGUGAUUAUACUGAUGAGGUCAAUUGUGUACCUGAACUUCAGUGUAACUUUGAAAAUGGAAUUUGUAACUGGGAACAAGAUACAGAAGAUGAUUUCGACUGGACCCGGUACCAGGGCCCAACAUCAACGCUUAAUACAGGACCGAUGAAGGAUAACACUUUGGGCACAGAUCAAGGACACUAUCUGUACAUCGAAACUUCUGAACCACAGGUUUUCCAGCACCGAGCUGCUCUGCUCAGCCCUAUCCUUAAUGCCACUGAUGCAGAGGGCUGCACCUUCCGCUUGUACUACCACAUGUUCGGAAAGCACAUUUAUAGGCUGGCCGUCUACCAGCGAGUCUGGAACAACACAAGAGGACAGCUGCUGUGGCAUAUAUUUGGGAACCAAGGCCCCAUUUGGAUACGGAAAUCUCUCAGCCUUUUCAGCAGGCAGCCUUUUCAGAUUUCGGUGGAGGCUUCAGUGGGAGAUGGCUUUACUGGAGACAUUGCAAUUGAUGAUUUGUCAUUUAUGGACUGCACUCUCUACCCUGGUCAUUUGCCUGUGAACCUUCCAACUCCACCAGAAACUACAGUUCCAGUACCACUGCCUCCACACAACUGUACAGACGGUGAAUUUGUUUGCAGGUCUGAUGGUCAGUGUGUUGAAAAUAUCCGGAAAUGUGAUUUUAGAUAUGACUGCCCUGACCAAUCAGAUGAAUCCUCUUGUGCUAUGGACAUUUGCAGUUUUGAAAAUGGAAGCCUGUGUAAAUGGUACCAGCCAAUCUCAAAAAAAUUAAUUGAAGAUUCAAACACAUUCAGAUGGGGACUUGGUAAUGGAACCAGUAUUCAUCAUGGUGAGGAAAAUCACAGGCCAUCGGUGGAUCAUACAAUAAAUACCGCAGAUGGCUGGUACCUGUAUGCUGAUAGCUCCAAUGGAAAAUUUGGUGACAUGGCUGAUAUCCUUACUCCUAUCAUUUCACGCACAGGACCAAAAUGUACCCUGGUGUUCUGGACUCAUAUGAAUGGUGCCACCGUUGGUUCUCUCCAGGUACUCAGCAAGAAAGACAAUGUUACUUCUAAAUUGUGGGCUCAAAGUGGACAGCAAGGUGCACAAUGGAAAAAAGUGGAGCUGUUUUUAGGUGUUCAUUCCCAUAUACAGAUUAUCUUCAGGGCAAAACGUGGUAUCAGUUACAUAGGAGAUGUAGCCGUGGAUGAUAUUUCCUUUCAAGAUUGCUUCCCACUUCUAAGCGCAGACAGAACGUGUACUGCUCAAGAAUUCACGUGCGCUAACAAGCACUGCAUUGCCGAGGACAAGCUAUGUGAUUUUGUGAAUGACUGUGCUGAUAAUUCAGAUGAGACUCCUUUCAUCUGUGGUGCCUCCAGUGGGCGCUGUGAUUUUGAGUUUGAUCUUUGUUCCUGGGAGCAGGAGCAGGAUGAUGACUUUGACUGGAAUCUGAAGGCGAGCAAUGUCCCUGCUACAGGCACAGAGCCAGCAGCUGAUCACACCUUGGGAAAUUCAUCUGGCCAUUACAUCUUUAUAAAGAGCUUGUUCCCUCAGCAGCCCAUGAGGGCAGCCAGAAUUUCAAGUCCAGUCAUAAGCAGGAGAAGCAAAAACUGUAAGAUAAUUUUUCAUUAUCACAUGUAUGGACAUGGCAUUGGUGCGCUCACCUUGAUCCAGGUAUCAGUCUCAAACCAAACGAAGGUCCUGCUUAACCUCACUGUAGAACAAGGAAAUUUCUGGCAGCGGAAAGAACUAGCCCUAUCUGGUGAUGAGGACUUCCAACUCAAAUUUGAAGGCCGAGUUGGGAAGGGCCACCGUGGUGAUAUUGCACUGGACGACAUUGUGCUUACAAAGAACUGUCUACCUUCCCAUCACUCCAUGAAAGAAGAACUCGCAAUGCCUCUUCCAACAGGUUACUGUCCACUUGGCUAUCGGGAAUGUCAGAAUGGCAAAUGUUUUAAACCGGAGCAGAGCUGUAAUUUUGUAGAUGACUGUGGAGAUUAUACUGAUGAAAAUGAAUGCGGUGGCUCCUGUACUUUUGAAAAAGGCUGGUGUGGUUGGCAAAACUCCUUGGCUGAAAACUUCGAUUGGGUUUUGGGGGUUGGCUCUCCACAGAGCCUAAGACCCCCCAGAGACCACACACUUGGAAAUGAAAAUGGCCACUUCCUGUAUCUGGAAGCUACUCCAGUGGGCCUGCGGGGCGAAGAAGCCCACCUCAAGAGUGGUCUGUGGCAAGAAUCCAGUGCUGCCUGCACCAUGAGCUUCUGGUAUUUCAUAUCCACAAAAGCCACAGGGUCCAUUCAGAUCCUCAUUAAGACAGAGAAAGGACUAUCAAAAGUAUGGGAAGAAAAUAAGCAGAACUCUGGUGAUCUCUGGCAAAAGGCUGUCAUCCUUCUAGGAAAGUUAAGGAAUUUCGAAGUCAUAUUUCAAGGUGUCCGAACACGGGAUCUGGGAGGAGGAGCUGCAAUUGAUGACAUUGAAUUUGAAAACUGCAUGACUGUGGGAGAGACUUCUGAGAUUUGCCCAGAAGCCACUGACUUUUUGUGCUACGACAAGAAGUGUAUUGCAUCCCACCUUGUCUGUGACUAUAAGCCAGACUGCUCUGAUGGGUCUGAUGAAACUCACUGUGGCCAGUAUACAGGCACAGCAGGAAGCUGCAAUUUUGAAACAGCUUCAGGAAACUGGACCACAGCUUGCCAUCUUACUCAAGAUUCUCAAGAUGACUUGGAUUGGGUCACUGGCAAUGAAAUUCCUACAGAAGCAUUGAGUCCAGUCCCUGAUCACACACCAGGUAGUGGCCAGCACUUCCUGUUUGUCAACUCAUCUGGCCCCAAAGAAGGAUACACUGCAAGAAUCACCACUUCCCAAUACUUCCCAGCAAGCCUUGGAAUGUGUGCUGUUCGGUUCUGGUUCUACAUGGUUGAUCCCAGGAACACAGGAGUCUUAAAGGUGUAUAUUGUUGACGAAUCUGGAUUAAACAUCCUCAUGUGGUCGGUGAUUGGCAAUAAACGAACUGGUUGGAUGUACGGACAUGUUCCUCUCUCGAGCAAUAGUCCAUUUAAAGUGGCAUUUGAAGCUGAUUUGAGUGGAGAAGAGAACAUCUUUAUUGCCAUUGAUGACAUCUCUUUUACCCCAGAAUGUGUAUUUGGAGGUCUUGUGACAAUACAGCCGUCACGGUGUGAAGCUGAUCAGUUUUCUUGUAUCUACACUGUCCAGUGUGUCCCUCUUGCAGGGAAAUGUAAUGGACAGGAAGAUUGCACAGAUGGAUCUGAUGAAAUGGAUUGUCCUUUCAGCCCCCUUCCCCAGCUCUGUGGCCAAACAGAAUUCCAGUGCUCCACCCGAGAGUGUAUCCCGUCCCUCCUGCUUUGUGAUGGAGUGCCUGACUGCUACUUUAGUGAAGACGAAUCUGGCUGCUCCAACGAGAGCUGUUCUCAUGGAGCUUUGACAUGCUCUUCUUCUAACAGCUGUAUCCCAGUGCACAAGCGCUGUGAUGGUUUUGCAGACUGCAUGGAUUUCCAACCUGAUGAAUCCAGCUGCUUAGAAUGUCCAAGAGGUUACUGCAGAAAUGGUGGGACUUGUGUGGUGGAGAAAAAUGGUCCAGUGUGUCGAUGUGCACAAGGUUGGAAGGGAAAUCGUUGCCACAUCAAGGUUAACCCACCGACUGCUGAUUUUACGAACACUCAGAACAAUAUAUGGACCCUCCUGGGUAUUGGAUUAGCUUUCCUGAUAGUUCAUAUUACACUAGCAGUCUUGUGUUUUCUUGCCAACAGAAAAGUACCAGUAAGGAAAACUAAAAGAAGUAUUAACCGUGUAUUUGUUAAUCCAAUUUAUGGGAACUGGAGCAACCUAGAGAAAACAGAGAGUUCUAUAUACUCCUUCUCAAAUCCAUUAUAUGACACAAUAUCAGGAAGACUGGAGACUAUAUCUAAUCAUCUCAAAUAG